GGGCCGGGCAGGGCCGGGCCAGGCGGGGCAGGGCUCGGCGCGGUGUGGAGGCUCCCGGCUCGGAGUAGGCCACCACUUAAUGAAGAAAUUAAAGCUUCUUUAAACAACCUAAAUAAGCUAAAAGCAUAAAAAGUAAUGGAACAACUGCCGGAUCCGGUUAUGCAAGCAGAUGCAAAUAUUAAAGCCAUUAAUGAAGAGUACAGGAAAGCCUUUAUUUUUAUCAAUAAAGGACUGAACACAGAUGAACUGGGUCAGAAGGAAGAGGCAAGAAGCUACUAUGAGCAAGGGCUUAACCACUUGCUCCGAGGAGUUAGCAUUCCAUCAGAGGGUCCUGAGUGUGCAGGGUCCCAGUGGGAGUCUGCCAGGCAAAUGCAACAGAAGAUGAGAGAAACCCUGCAAAACGUUCGUGCUCGACUCGGCAGUCUAGAGCAAAACACCCCACCAGCACAAGCAUCUCCUGCUAUGAUGGAUACCCCUCCUGGGGUGCCCAAAUUAUACCCCUCCAUUCCUUCCAAAGAAAAGCCAGAAAGACCCCCUCCCCCUAAUUCUCUGCUUGUUCCAAGUCAGUUGCCUGCAGCAGAUGGAAGUGUUGCAGCUGUGAGUCAGGGGCAAAUUCCAGCUAUGAGUCCAUCAUCUGCAAAACCUCUUUGUCUGCCAAAUGAAGCACCUCCUGCCUAUACUCCUCAAGCUACCAAUGGCCACUUUACUGUGUCCUAUGGCACAGACUCUGGGGAGUUUUCUUCUGUCAGUGAGGACUACUACAACAACAAAUGUACUCAGCCACCUCCCCUGGAAAACCUGGGAGUGGAUGCAGAUGAGCUGAUCUUGAUUCCCCAAGGAGUACAGAUAUUUUUUGUGACUCCUGACGGGCAGGUUAGUGCUCCUUCAUAUCCUGGAUAUCUGCGCAUCGUCAAGUUCUUGGAUACAGAUAGUGAAGCUGCUCGGAAUCGUCCACCUGCAUUUCUUCAGGUUUGUGACUGGUUGUAUCCUCUGAUGUGUACCCAGUCUCCUGUUCUGUGCUGCAAUACUGGGGUCUACAUGUUCCCCGACACGAUGUCCCAGAUACCAGGGUCCUACGUGGGAGUAGUGCUGUCGUCAGAACUUCCAGCAGCUGACAGAGAGCUGUUUGAGGAUCUGUUAAAACAGAUGUCUGACCUACGAAUCCAGGUGCCAGGAUCCCAUGAGAGAGUAGGGUUACCUUCAGAGCUCCCAGCAACUAUGAGAGCACAUUUUGAAGAUAAAUUUAAACAGAGGUCUGGCCACAAAGUCCAGCCUUCUGAAGCCUCGAGUGAUGCAAUUCACUUGCCUCAGACUGUACAUAUCCAGCCACAACCUGAAGAAGCAGAAGAUCAGAAAGAGUUACCAGAAUGGAGUGAGAAAGUUGCCCAUGGAAUCUUGUCAGGUGCAUCUUGGGUAAGCUGGGGCCUGAUGAAAGGAGCAGAAUACACGGGUAAAGCUAUUCACAAAGGAGCUUCUAAACUGCGAGAGCACAUUCAACCAGAAGAAAAGCCUGUGGAAGUCAACCCAACUGUAGCAAAGGGGCUUCACGUAGCAAAACAGGCUACUGGAGGAGCUGUGAAAGUCAGCCAAUUCUUAGUUGAAGGGGUGUGUUCUAUAGCAAGCUGUGUCGGAAAGGAGCUGGCUCCACACGUGAAGAAGCAUGGCAGCAAAUUAGUUCCAGAAUCCCUAAAGAAAGAUAAAGAUGGAAAAUCUACUUUUGAUGGUGCUCUGGUUGUAGCAGCAAGUGGAGUUCAAGGGUUUUCAACAGUGUGGCAAGGUUUAGAAAGUGCAGCGAAGUGCAUUGCUAAAAGUGUUUCAACUGAGACUGUAAAAACAGUCAAAUACAAGUAUGGAGAGGAUGCUGGUGAUGCUACAGACAACGCUAUGAAUUCUGCAAUCAAUGUUGGUGUUACAGCAUUUAACAUUGAAAAUAUUGGUAUCAAAUCUGUGGUAAAGAAAACUGCGAAGGAAACCGGCCAUGCCGUGCUAGAUGAAUAUAAAGUAUUGGAUAAUGAAAAGAAGGGUAAAAAAUGAAAGCAAUUAAGUACUUCUCAGAGCCUUACAUUACAGAUUAAACUUCCUAUUUAGAAGUAUCUACACUGCUCAUCUGACAUUGAACAUAAGUCACAAUGUACUUUUCAAGCAACUGUUACUUAAUUUAAAAGGAAAAUGUAAAAGGAGGAAGAGUAUUUGUAAGAGGAAAAAUGAAAGUUGUCACCUCCUUGUUCAGUACAGAACAAGAGGUUUAAACAACUGGAUCAGGGCUUUAAGCAACUGGAAGUUUGCAGUUCAUAUACUUGCAUCUUUAAGCACUUUUUCAAAGUAAUAUAUAGAAUAAUAGAUUAAUAUAGAAAUACUAUUGUGAGUAUUUUUGUAACACUUUAUAUUUAUAAAGAAGAUGGUGAUACAGAAAGAGUAGGAUGGCUAGUUCUGGAAUAAGUAAAAUUACCAGUUUUGGCUUUAUAACUAUCCUUAAGCAUUAGUUUUACUAAUCAAGCCUUGUCUUAUUUAAUAUGUACUACUAAUAUAAGCAUUGUGUUUCAUCGUUUCGUAGAGAAUUUCUCUUUUCACCUACAAAAAAGCUGAUCUUUCCCAAAGUUCAUGCUAGGAGAAAUGAAAGAUGAACCUCAGGUAAUUAGAUGGCCAUUCCCUUUUAAACUUUUUUUUUUCCUCAUCCAGCAUAUAAGUAAACCAAAGAUACCAAGUAUUUUUUCUAAAAGAGAGUAUUUACAGUUCUAGAAAAAUGCAUUUUCCAGUUGACUUCAUAAGGAAUAUAUAAAGAUUCUUUGAAAUUCAGGUUUUUAUGUAGAGAGAAUAAGUAUGGUUUUGCAUAAAUUAAAGUAUUUUUCUGUGAAAAUAUUAGAGGGCACUGGGAAGUUCUAUGCAUUCUGUACUUUUCAGCUGAUCCAGAAAGAUUGAGAUUAUAUAUCAUGACCUCAUAAUGGAAGACUCCUAAUGUUUGAACAAAUAUGUCUAUUGGUCAUCAUCUUUAUUCCAUUAAAUUGAUAGUUGCACAAGGGUGUGAAGUAUUGAAAAAGAUAGUGAAGACAAACCCUUUUAAUUAAGAGUUGUGCAAAAUAGACACUUCUGUGUAGAUUUGUCAUCCCAUUUGUACCACAGUAUAAAAUAACUCAAGAUGUUAAAUCCUUGAGAUGCUUUGACACUGCUAUUUAUUUAACACUUUACUAUUGAGUCUUAAAGCUACUACACAUUCUAAUAUUGGCUGGACCUACAACAGGCAGAAUGCCAACAACUUGCAACUUUUCUCCAUUUCAUGUAGAUGGAGAAAAUAACUAUAAAUUGUUGGUGGCAAGUGAUAUUUGUAGAAGAUUGAAAACAACUACAGUCUGUUAGAAUGGUAAUAGGUGCAUAUUUUGUGGUAGCUACUGCAGGUGUGUGCUUUAAAGUGAGAAAUGUGAAAGAAAGGAUCUAACCACUUGAAGUGUAACUUUGAUUUAUGCAAUAAAAAUAAAAUCUGUGCUUGAUCUUUUAUGAUAUGAAGCUACUAUAUGGAUCCAUAAGUGGAAGAACUAGGACUUCUUCAGAAAUAAUAAAAUAGCAGUAUUGGGGUAUAUAUACAGUAUAAACAAGCUCAUAAACUAGAGCUUAAAUAUUUCAAACUAAUAAGUUCCAUCCAAAGUACACUGCAACAAUUUCUGUUACUAUAGUCUGCCACUUGCCAGCUUGUGUAACCAGUUAAAGAUUGCUGAAGACUUAACUAACAAAAACAUUUUUUGUUCCUAUGAGCUGUAUUUACAGUAGGGAUAUAGGUAUUUGUAUCUUCUUUCUCCCUCGCAUUUCAAGGUUUUGUAUAUAGCUCAUACCGUUCAGUUUCAUCUAUAAACCAUCAAAGCAAAAAGUUGCAUUAAAACAACAGUUAAGAUAAAGGUGUUACAGCCUUCAAGAGACCACAUUGGAGAACACUGAGGAAAAACAACAUUUAAAUGCCAUCAUUAUCAGGUAGUGGUGUCCUGCUUAUCCUGCUGUUGUUCUCUUCAUGUGUAUGUCUUUCAAAAUGGAUUAAAACUAUUUUUUGAAUGAUGCCUACCCCAUUUUGCAGUUUGUAAUGUGAUAUAUCCAUGAUCUUCCCUUUUACAUUGUUCCAAAGUUAAGUUAAUUUUCCCAGCUGAUAGUAUGAUGCUUGAACUUACCUCGCUUCCCCUGCCACUUCUUCGGCCCAGGGUAGCACUCCAUAGGCUUCUCCUCCAUUCUUCCACCAUAUACAACAGCCUUCUCACAUUUACUGCCUUAUCUCAGCUCUCCCUUUUUUAUAUUAACCUCCCAAAACCUCCUGUCUUAGGUUGGCUUUCUAUUCAUAGCUUGGUUUUGUUUCUUUGAACAUCUUUUGAUACAUGGAAGUCCUCGAGAUUUUACUAAGCCAUGUAGUGUAUUAGCUAUUAUGUGAUUUCCUAUGGCAUUCUUACUUCCAAAUUUAUUCAAAUACUUUUCUACUACAAUAUUGGUCUCAAAUCUUGUCUUCUCAAGGAUUACUUUCAAUGAUCCCUAAGUCAUUCUUAGCUAUGGCCAUCUCUGGAAUUUUCAUAAUUGUGUAGAUAUAAACCAUAGUUCUUAUCUCAAAUAUAAACCCCUGUAUUUGAACAGAUUCUUCUAGAUUCCAAGGGUUGUUUGAUUGGUUUGUUUAAUGCUGUUUAAAAACCAACUUGGAAUAGCCUGUUUUUAAUGUUCCCUGAAUAAAUCCAUAAUCCUUUUAAAAGAAUUGGUAAACCUAUCUUCAACUACAAAAAAACAUGCUGACCAGCUUCAGAUACAAUGAUGAGGGUUGGAAGGAGCCCCUGGUCUGUAAUCCACCUCCUGCUCAAAACAGGUCUAGUCUGGAGCACAGUACUCUGCCCCAGUUCUGCUCAUGUUGUGAUUAUCUCCAAGGAUGGAGACUUCACAGCCCUUCUGGGCAACUUUUACCCAACUCAAUAUUUCCCCUUAUACUGAGCCAAACAUUUUUAAAUGCGGGUGCAUUCUAUUGCAUAGCCUUUCAUCAUGCACACUGGAGGAAACUUUGGCUUCUCCCUCUUAUUUAGACUUUCCUAUUACAUAGCUAAUUACAGCACUAAGCUCUCCUUAGGCCUUCUCCAGCCUGAACAAAGGCAAGUUCCUGACCUAAUGCAGCCCUUGGGACUUAUUUGGGAGUCAAAAGCUAAGCACUUCAGCAUGUGUUGAACAGAGUGAAUGAACUGUCUCCCUCAGGCUCCUGGCCAUGCCCUUGUUAUGGCAGCCCAGGGGCCCUUCAGUCUUGUUUGCUGUAAGCUGUUGGCAGCUCAUGGCAGCCUCUUCACCAGGAAGGCUGUGUCUUCUACAACACUGCAUUCUAGACACUACUCCAGCCUUAUUGAUCCAUGGGCUUUACCCAUGCCAGAUACUGUGCUUUGCACUUGAUUUUUGUUGAAUUUCAUUGGAUUUCUCCAGGCUGUACACCUACCUGUGAAUGGUCACCCUUUUCCUCCUGCAUCCUAACUGCUCCUCCCAACAUCAUCAAAUUUGCUGGGCUGGUGCUCAGUCUUCCAGGUUGUCCAUCAGGAAUUAAGGGUAUUGGCUCAGGUAUUGAUCCCAGAGUCAAGCAGUCAUACUGCUGAUCUCCACACUUCAGGCCUGAUGGCCCAGACAAUUUUCCAGAAGCCUUAUGAACCAGUUAUCCAAUCUAGAAUUCACCAAUUCAGCUAUAAAAGUAGUGUGGGAGACUACAUGAAAGUCUUUGGUUAAAUCAAAAUAUACAACAUCCACAAGUUUUCCUUUGCCCACACAGCCAUUCAUCAUACCUUAGUUACUGGUGCUACAGAAAUAACUUCUUUGUAAAAAUCAAUUUAUGCCUUCAGCAACUGGUUUACCUUGCUUUUAAGUAAUUCUAGGUGUUUAAUGCCUUUACAUAUCAUAAAUACUUAUUUAAAUACAAAAUUCUGUUUUCAGAACACAUUGUGUUGUGACCAAGUUUUUUAGCUGUUCUUACUAAAAUUUUUGAACUCAACCCAUUAAAAGCCUUAAAACAAUGAUAAUGCCUUUAGCAGUAUCCAUAUACCUAAUUUUAACCAAUUUAUUUGGAAUAAAGAAAUGGAGGAAAAUUC